GUUCUCUUCACUUCCUGUAAAAUUAUGCUCAACAGAAACAGCUACAUGUAAAACACAGACAAAGCACCCGGACAUUAUUUCAGAAGAGUGAGAAAAUGGAUGACUUCUCAUCCACCACAUGAAGAGUUUCCCCUCUGAAUGAGAUGGCGUAGUAGGCAUCGUACCAGCCAGAGGAGCUGCCAUGGACGUCCUGCCUGGUCCCUACUCCCCACUGAAAGACUUUGACCAAAUAGUGGAGGUCAGAGCAGAAAAACGUGAACACCUGCGAGGACGAAACAACGUGACUUCAUGUCGCAGCCCUACGAGAGAGUUUGACACAAAACACAUAAAAAAUGAACUGAAAGAAAAGAGGCAUCUGGAAUUUCUGAGGAGGAGAUCAGUGAGCCCUGAGCUCUGUGGUUUAAAGUCUACAAGGACGAAGCCUUCACCAAAGACGUUCUCACUGAAAUAUCACAGUUCAAGCAGCAAGUUAAAGACACUGCCUACAAAUAUCCAAACUAGCCCCACCUCUAAUGGACAUACAAAGAUAAUUUUAACACCGAACCGCAGCAUAACUGAUGGUCCAGUCACCAGCACAUGGGCAUCAGUAUGGUCAGAGCAGGUAACACCCAUGAGGCAAGAGACAGGCCAUUCAAGGAAGCAUGCAUCUACCUCCACACCAGGGAUAAAGGACUCCAACCAGCACAGGACAAAUAGAGAGAAUAGUGUUAAUGCUCAAAAGACAAGCAUCAAAACCUUAAUCCGAACAGAAAAUAUUCACCAAAGAUUCUCCCACCAAACCGAAAAUAUUCUCCCAAAAAAGACAUUUCGAGAGGCCGGUGUGCAGACAGAGUCUGGCCUUGUCACUGUCAAGGAAUCAGAUGUUCAGCGGUUAGCUGACUGCUUACAGGAGGCCCUGUGGAGAGAGGAGGCUGUGAAGAAGAAGAUGGCAACCCUCCAGGAGAGCACGUCAAACCUCAUCAACUCCUCAAACAAAAUAUGGACAGCUCGCUGCAGUGAAGACCUGCUGAGAAACAAGAUCAAGGCUCUGGAGGCGCAGCUGCAAGUCUGCCUGCAGAAGUUUCCAAAAGAUGGAGUGAAGAAACUGAGGGUGCAGAUGGAGAAGCAGAAACUGAUAUACGAAGAGAAAGCCCUGGUUGCCCUGCAGAAGGCCACACAGGAGAAAACUGAGGCACUGAGCAAGGCAGAGACACUGCAGGAGUCACUAAUUACAGCAAAGGCAGAGGCACUGAAGUGGCAGAGCCUGCAUGAGGAACUGAAGCUGAGCUCUGGACAACUCAGGGAGAACCAGAACCUCAGUAAUGAACAGCUGCAGCAGCUACACAGCCAAGUGGAGCUGUCCAGGGCCAGAGAGGCCGAGCUGAUGGCGGAAGUGGUGUCAUUAAGACAAGAGAAGAAGGAGCUGCAGUACAACAUUAGCCUGCUGGAAGAGGACAACCAGAUUUUAAGAGAGGAAAUACAGCACCUUAGAGAUAACAACAAUGAGAGUCAGGACUUCAUAAUGGAGGACUGCCUGAUGUCAGGGGAAUCAGGGCCACAGCUGAUGCUGAAGAGAGACUUUCAGGUGGAGGAGCAGCUCCGUCACACUCAGGAGAAACUCCAGCUCAAGGAGAGAGAGUGUGAGGAGCUGCAGAUGGAGCUACAUGCCAUGGAGCAGGAGUGUCAGUCCAGCCAGGCCCGGCUGUCGCAGUGCAGGGACGAACUCCGGCAACUCAGCCACCGCAGCAGGAGGCCGACGCUGUGUGGCUCCUGGUGGAAGGUGUGUGUGUUCUUCCUUUUCCUCCUCGCCAUGGCGGGGGUUGUCAUGUUGUGGCUGUGGCAUCCUCCUUUCAGAGACCAAGUCGAAGACCUGUAUUCAGACAUAGAAACACGUAUCGAAGACUAUCUCUUGGAAAUGGCCUCUCCUCAACAUUCAGGCUGUUUUAGACCAAUUUGAUAAUGUCAUUUCUCAAGAAUAUUAUUAUAAUUAUUAUUUUGUUGGUGUUGCUAUUGUUUAAAAAAGGUUUAGAUAGAUUUUUAUUGAAUGUAGUUUGCUUAUAUGUUUGUAUUUCACAUGAUCUUAGACUUGGAACUUAAAGUGUGUGUGAUGUAAGAUGAUGUGUUGAGAUGUAGAGGGUGUACUGUACAUGUGUGCAGAAAAUGCAAAUACACAGUGAAAAAAGUGUGAAAAAUGCAACAGUGUUUGUAAUGUGUGUAACUAUGAAAACAAGCUAAAAGCACGAUCAGCUCACAAGUCGGCUGAUGUUAAUGACAUUUCAAGAAACUGAGUAGUAGAAUAGCAGGUAUCCUCUGUACUGUAACAGCACAUUUAGUCAACAUCACCACCUUUAAACAUUAAGAAGCUACACAAACAAAAAAAAAAAAAAAAAGAAAGACAAAACAUCCAAGUAAUCCUCUCAACUCAUGUGGGAAGGAAUUACACCAGUGCUAUGGAGUAUUGGGGAGUUGUUUUACAUUCACUGUUGCUCAAAUUGGCUUUAAAAAGAGAGAGUAAGCGCACAAUGAAAGAGCUGUUUAGUGUUUUAUAAGAAAUAAAGAUAUUCUCUGAAAAAUGUUA